AUCCAUUGAACGGUGCAUUCUCGGCAUCACCGCACCUCGUAGCUUUAGGUCGUUCCGUUACCUCCUUCAACGCGAUUAUUUCCAGCUCCCUUGUUUAUCCUGUCUACCUCCCCCAAAGGUUUCACUCUCGCCCGUGUUGUUGCCGCCGCCACACCUUAUCAGAGCAACCCUGCAGGGCGCGCACGAACUGAUGGCGAGAUUCUGUCGUCCACUCUACCCAGCUAUUAGUCACAAACCGCUCCUAAGAACUCAAACAUCGCUUAUUAUACUGACUGAAUACGUCCAGACGUUCUGCGCUCUUGUCCCGACCGCUUCAUUCAAUCGUCGCCGGCGGAUAUCUCUAUCGUCCCAUCGCAGGAAACGCAGAUCCGAAUCAACGCCCGUGGUCCUGAUUCGGUAGUUCACCUUUUGUAUUCUUCCAGAUUCUUUCACACUGCGCAUGGUUGCUUGACUGAAUUCUAACCACUUUGUCUGCGAUGAUAUCGUUUCUGACCAGCGCCCGCGGUCUCUUUGGGACAUAUCUGAUGCAAGAUGACAUCUCUGUCUCAUUGGUCCUGACGCCACUAUAUGACUAUCUCUUGCCACCACCUAUGUGGCGGCUCUUUGUCGCUUUAUUUGUCGUAGGGCUCCAUGGAGACAUGCACCUACGUACUUCCGCGCCUGCCAGAUGCAAACGCUUUGUGCCUCGUCGACGUAUACAGACUACUUUAUGUACGUACCGGCUUCUCUUUCUCAUCGGUUUGUACGUAUCUGCGACCAUGUGCUGCGGCAUAAAGCGAAAUGCGUUAAACUUGCUUUACAUUUGUCAGAUCUUAAUGAAUUCAUCAUUUAGGCUGUCUGUGUCACCGUCAACUCGAUAUGCAGUCUUGACAAGACGCAUCAUGAUUUUAGACAAAGAGGCUGCGCCUAUGAUGCCCGUGAAUACCUGUCUACUUCACACAAUCGAUUUCCUUCUCUCUGCACCUAACCCCAUACAAGCUAGGUUGCAUGUGUUCCACUAUCUCGGCCCGUACUUGCUUCAGACAGAUGGAGUUCCCUUCAAGCAUUGUGGCUGA